AUGAAGGCCAGAACUCCAGGCCCUUCGUUGUUCCGCCCCCUAUGGCGGCGCAACUUCUCCUCGUCUGCCUCGCGGGGCGCGAUCAACAAGAUUGUCGCAAACGCUCAAGAAGCAAUUUCCGGCCUCAAGGGCUCCUCUAUGAUUCUUGUGGGCGGAUUUGGCUUCUCGGGCGUUCCCAGCACGCUGAUCAAUGCUGUGCGCGACCGUCCUGAGCUCAAGGACUUUACGAUUGUCUCCAACAACGCUGGGAUGCCCGGCGUGGGGCUGGGUCAAUUGCUCGAGACCCGACAGAUCAGCAAGAUGAUCGCAUCGUUUAUUGGCGAGAACAAGGUCUUUGAGAAAAUGUACCUGGAGGGCGACCUGGCCCUCGAGCUCACUCCACAGGGAACAAUCGCUGAAAAGUGCGCUGCUGGCGCCGCCGGUGUACCUGCCUUCUACACUCCUGCUGCCUACGGAACAAUUGUCCAAUCCGGUGAAUUGCCGCUGCGCUACAACAAGGACGGCAGCGUCGCCGAAAAGUCCCAGCCCAAGGAAACCCGUGAGUUUAACGGAAAACAUUUUGUUUUGGAGGAAUCGUACUUUGCCGACUAUGCCUUUGUCCGCGUGGCCAAGGCCGACAAGCUCGGAAAUUGCCAGUUUCGUAAGGCGCAAAACAACUUCAACGAGGCCAUGGCGAAGAACGCCAAAAUCACCUUUGUUGAGGCCGAUGAGAUCGUCGAGGUUGGCCAGCUUGCUCCCGAGGAGAUUCAUCUCCAGGGAGUUUACGUGAGCAAAGUGAUCAAGAGCACCGAGGAAAAGAAGAUUGAAAAGGUUACAUUUGCCAAGGACCCGAACGACCUGCUGAAAGCUGGCUCCGGCGAUGCCACUGCCAGACGUGAACGUAUUGUGAAGCGCGCGGCCAAGGAAUUCGAGGACGGCAUGUAUGUCAACUUGGGUAUUGGUAUGCCUCUUGUUGCCCCGGCAUUUUUGCCCGAGGGCAUCGAGGUUGUCCUGCAGUCUGAAAACGGCAUCUUGGGUCUCGGUGGCUAUCCCCGGCCUGGCGAGGAGGACCCGGACUUGAUCAACCCUGGCAAGGAGACCGUGACUCUUGCUGAGGGUGCCUCUGUCUUUGGCUCCCACGAAAGCUUUGGCAUGAUCCGCUCUGGCCGUAUUGAUCUGACCAUGUUGGGUGCUCUCCAAGUUAGCCAGUACGGAGAUCUGGCCAACUUUAUGCUGCCCGGUAAAGUCAAGGGCAUCGGUGGUGCCAUGGACCUAGUUGCCAAUCCCAGCAAGACCAAGGUUGUUGUAACCAUGGAACACGUAGACAAGAAAGGCAACCCUAAGAUUCUUCCUGCAUGCACAUUCCCUCUCACCGGACCUCUCUGUGUCUGGAAGAUCAUCACCGACCUCGCUGUCUUCAACGUGCACCCAACAGAGGGUCUCACGCUGAAGGAAGUUGCCGAGGGUGUCACUGUUGAUGAAGUCAAGAGCAAGACCGCAGCGCCUUUCAAGAGAACAGAAACAAUGCUCACCAAAGUCGGGCGCGAGGUCCUACGGCGAACACCACACGAUGUGGUCGUCCUCUCCGCCGUGAGGAGUCCCAUCACUCGCGCGUUCAAGGGCGGAUUCAAGGACCUCUGGCCAGAGGAGAUUUUGAUGCCGGUCAUGCAAGCAGCCGUCCAGAGAGCCACAAUCCAGCCCAGCGAUGUCAACGAUGUCCUAAUAGGAAACGUCCUCGCCGAGUUGGGAUUCGCCAAAACAGGUCGGAUGGCCAUGAACGCGGCUGGAUUCCCUAAUUCUACUACUUUCCACACGACAAAUCGGCAGUGCUCGAGCAGCCUGCAGGCUGUCACGCACAUUGCCCAUGCGAUCAUGGUUGGUCAGAUUGAUGUUGGCCUAGGCGGCGGCGUGGAGAGUAUGACUCGAUGCUAUAGCACUCGUGGGAUCCCCGUGGACGUGUCGCCAACCCUUAAAAAUUCGCCGGUUAAGGAUGCUCGCGAUUGUAUUCUACCCAUGGGGUUUACCUCGGAGAAUGUCGCGGAGCGAUAUGGGGUUUCUCGGCAGGAUCAAGAUGAAUAUGCUGUUGAGAGCCAGCGGCGCGCCAGUGAAGCGCAAAGGGCCGGCCGGUUCGACAAAGAGAUUGUCCCGAUUAAUGCAAGAUAUAUCGACGAAGAGACUAAACAAGAAGGGACCAAGCUUGUCACCCUCGACGAAGGGAUUCGUCCUGGGGUUACUGUUGAGAAAAUGGCCAAACUAAAACCUGCGUUUAAAGAGAAUGGAGGAAGCACAGCUGGAAACUCCUCACAACUAUCAGAUGGAGCAUCUUCCGUUAUCCUCGCACGACGAACAUGGGUCGAAGAGCGCGGCCUGAAGCCCAUCGGACGAUUUGUCGGUACCCAAGUAGCCGGCAAUGCGCCAGAUGAGAUGGGCAUCUCGCCAGUCUUUGCCAUCCCGCAGUUAUUCAAAUACACUGGUAUUGAGCAAAAGGACGUUGACAUCUUUGAGAUCAAUGAAGCCUUUGCUAGUCAAACUCUCUACAUUCUAAGAAAACUUGGACUAGAUCCAGCACAAGUCAAUCCCAACGGAGGUGCGAUUGCCUUGGGACACCCUGUGGGUGCCACUGGUGGCCGGCAGACAGCGACUCUGUUUGCUGAGCUGGAGAGGCAGGAUAAGGAAUUGGGUGUUGUGACAAUGUGUGCUAGCACGGGCUUGGGGGUUGCAUCGCUUUUCAUCCUGCCCAAAUACCACCUAGCUAGGCAAGUGGUAACAUCUUCUCCCUCUGUGGUCUCUCUCCCCUCUACUCCGUACGUUUCCCUUGCCAGCAACGUCGAAAUGGCCUCCCCCUCUUUGCACCGGUUAGUUCGAGGGCGCAAUUUCGUAAAGCCGCAUCUGUCUUCCAUUCGUCAACCUCUCUACCUACAGUUGAAUUCGAUUACGCUCCAGAGAUAUUCGAUGAAAGGACAAACACGCUCCAUGGGCUCCGUCAGCGCAAUCGACUCUGCUAUUUUCAGAACGCUGUUUGGUACCGAUGAAAUCCGCCAGGUAUUCAAAGACGAGUCUUAUAUCCGCCGAUGUGUUGAUGCCGAGACAGCCCUAGCACGCGCCCAGUCCAAAUGCAAUGUGAUUCCAAGCGGCGUGGGAGCAGAAGUCACCAAAAGAGCAGUGGCAUCAAAACUCGAUCUCGAACGCCUGCGCCACGAGACAGAGAUUGUCGGCUAUCCGAUUUUGCCUUUGGUGCGACAGUUGAGCGAUCUCUGUGGCGAGGAUGCCGGUAAAUACGUUCACUGGGGUGCAACCACGCAAGACAUUAUGGAUCUGGCCAGUGUUUUGCAAAUGAAAGAAGGGCUGGUAAUUGUUGAGCGGCUACUUCGCGAUGUCAUCAAGACGUUGCGCGACUUGUCGGGGAAGUAUAGGGAUACCCCCAUGGCAGGACGCACGCAUUUACAACAUGCGCUGCCGGUUACAUUUGGGUACAAGUGUGCAGUAUGGCUUUCGGGUUUUCAACGGCAUCUAGAGCGUCUCCAGCAGUUGCGCGAUAGGGCGCUUUUGGUUCAAUUUGGUGGUGCUGCUGGGUCUUUAGCUUCUUUAGGUUCUGGUGAUGAUGGUAUACGCGUCCGCAAGGCCCUGGCAGAGGAAUUGGGACUGGUCGAUCCUUCAAUCACAUGGCAUGUAGCCCGCGAUGGGAUUGCGGAGACGAUCAACUUUUUGGCUCUCUUAGGUGGGUCGAUGGGCAAAGUGGCGCUUGAUAUUAUCAUCAUGAGCUCCAACGAGCUUGGAGAAGUAUCCGAACCAUUUGUGCCACAUCGUGGGGCCUCAUCCACAAUGCCUCAGAAGCGGAACCCAAUUUCCAGUGAGGUUAUUCUUGCGGCAUCGAAGAUUCUCCGGUCAAAUGCCGGGUUGGUGCUUGAUGGGAUGGUCUCGGACUUUGAAAGAGCUUCUGGUCCCUGGCAUCUGGAAUGGGUGGCUGUGCCGGAAAGCUUUGUGCUUGUCGUGGGAGCUCUGUCUCAGACCCACUUUGCACUCUCCGGGCUAGCAGUUAAUGACAAGCAGAUGCUUGACAAUCUACACUCCACACGUGGGUUGAUCGUGGCUGAAGCUGUGAUGAUGGGCAUGGCGCCUUAUGUGGGGAGGCAGACAGCACAUGAUAUUGUGUACGAGGCAUGUCGGAACAGCAUUGAACAGGGGAAAUCCCUGCUCGAAUGUCUUUUACUCAAGGACGAGGUGACGUCGAAGAUGAGUAGAGAAAAACUCGAGUCGCUGUGUGAUCCGGUCAAUUACCUCGGUGCGGCUCCACGCAUGGUUGAUGAUGUACUGGCCGUUAAAGAUCUAUAG